GCCACGACUCUAGUGGUUCAGACUUACAGGGACAUGGUCACCAACGACCCGUCUGAUCCAUCGCACACCAGGAAGGUUCCGGUUCCUGAAAAACGGGCCAGGCUGGAAUUCCAGAGGCGGCGACUUUCAGGAAUGGAAAUUUCUGGAGAGCUUGAGCCUUCGCAUCAGCUUCUUGACAUAGCAAAUCAGCAAUACGAGUCCGGAGUUCUUACUUGGAUCCCUGCGUCGAAAUGUGCCAAGAGGGAAGCUGAGGUCCUUGCAUUGGGCAAGGAUAGGAGCUCUUUGUUGCAGGUGGAACAAAACGUCAUAAAGGUGGGGCCUGGUGACCAGGCUAUCGCUUGUGAUGUUUCGGAUCCUCUGCGUUUUCAGUGGGCCAUGAUGCGAAGAGGCAUAGCUUUUGACAACUGUCACCUGCUGUCCUGGGAUGUGCAUCAGAGGUGGGUUCAGAAGAUGCUGGAUUGCCUUUCAGCAACCCCGCCACCGAGUUAUAGCCCAGUCAGUUUGAAUCAAUGCAUGCGUGCGGAUAAGGAGCUUUUUCUGCUAUUGGCCAGGGAGGCUGUGCCUCCUUUCAAGGUGGACUCGCUCGGGGUUUCGCCGCUUGAUGCAAAAUUUUCGGCAAUGAUGUAUGAUGUCCGUCUUCAGCAGUUCCUGUUGCCGCUUCCGAAGCAGACAGCUCCUGUCUUGGCAGUGCCUGUGGAUGAUGGGGACUGCACUUUUGGUGCAGCAGCCGCUGGAGAGCAGACUCGGCCGUUGGUGUACCGUGCUCUCGAGCAGGGCUCUUACUCGAUGAAGUCGCAGGUCGAGCCGAGGAAAUCUCCUUGUGAAGGCCAGGCGCAAAUUUCACCCAAGCCCAGCGGUCAGCUGGAAGUGCCAAUGGCAGUGUCACCUGAUACCCCUAAAUUUGGUUCUAGUCCUCGCCCAAAUAGGCCGCAGUUCACUGAUCCUGAAGCUCUUGCGAAGUUUCUCUUGCGGCAGCCGUCGUGCUUGACAGCCAGUGCAGCUCUGGAUCUUUUGGAGCUUUUGCCUCAGGAGGCGCAAAAUCCUCCUAGGGCAUUUCAGGGAUCGGGUGGAGCUCGAUUCAGCAUGGGCGUCUACCGGCGUGGCGGUAUUUUGGGUUUGCAUAGGUCUAUGGACAUGUUCCCGUUUUCUAUCAAGGUUUUCAACCUGCUUGUGAGUCGGGUGUGCCCUGCAUUCAGUUACUCUUCACUUGCAAUCCAUGAAAAUCUUGCCUCAGGAUUGCACCGCGACGAGAACAAUCGUGAUGGCCCUACAUUGUUGGUGCCUUUGACGGACUUUGAGAACGGUGAACUUUGGUUUCAGAAGGUUGGAGGUGAUGUCGCUUCGUUGAAUGACCCUUCUUUGGAGGGAUGCCUGCUUGAUGUGGCCGCCGGCCCCACCUUUUUCUCGAAGCCUAAAGAUUUUCAUGAGACUAGGCCGUGGGAAGGUCGCAGAGUUGUCAUGCUUGCUUAUUCGGUGCGUCAGUGCGAGGAGCUCCGGCCUGAAUUACGAGCUGUCGCUGAGCGGCUCGGGUUUUCUGUGUCUCCUUUGGGUUUAGGCCCUUUUGUGGUUUCCUGGGACCCUAGGUGCCUCUCCCCUGUUAGGCCGUCGCAGCGUGAUGCCAGCAGUGUCCAGCAGUCGGCGGCGGGAAUGUACUUCGUUGAGUUGUGCGCUGGGACAGCUGUUCUUAGUAAGGCAGCUGCUAAGUUAGGCUUCCGGCCUUUUGCAAUUGAUUCCUCUAGAAGGCGGGCUGGUGAACAAGUUGUCAUCAUGGAUUUGAGUGAUCCAGCCCAGGCUGAAGCAGUUGUCGAUUUCUUGCGAGUUGAGUAUCAUCACGUCAUCUGUGUUUUCAUCUCACCUCCGGUGGGCACCGCAUCUUUCAUGCGUGAACGGUCUGUGACCUCCAUGCACACAGGCAUGGAAUUUUACAAAGUGACCCUGCACAUGAUUUGUCACCUUAGCACAGAAGGAGGUGUCCCAAUAACGGCUGUUAGAAGGACUCUCCAGGACUGUCAGGAUUCCAAGAUCACAAGCCUCACAUGCAAUGUUUGCAAGCUGAUCAAACAGUUGAUUUGCACGCUCAACCUGGAGUUUAUCACGACCACGCAAAGUCGGCAAGCCAUCCGGAUGCAACGCCGACCUCAAAGCAUUUGGCAUCUUCAAAUCAAGUUCAGGACGUUUUUGGCAUGCUUGCGGCACAAACCGUGGCGACCUUUCAUUUCGAAAAGGAAGCGGGUGAGCUUCAUCACAGCAGAUGAACCCGAAUUUCCGCCGCUCCUCGUCGAUCGUAUCAUUGGUUGCAUCGUCCAUGCGCAUCCCAGCUUGUCCUUCGGGCCACGUGUGCUUGCACAGGCAAUACAGGAUCCUUCUGCGAAUGUCGCCAGGAUAAAUCUGGGCACUCAACCCAGGGGAAACUCCUUGCCUUCGCUUGUGUGGGAGUUUGACACUACGUUGGAUUUUGUUGUGCCAGUGCAAAAUGACAAGCCGUUGGAAGCUGUGCUUUCUUCCCUUCCAAAGGGCUCCAGAAUCUUCUCGAGACGCGUGUGUGAGUGGGGUUCGCUGAAGAGUCUCCUCGAAGGAGUUGGCAAGCUAAAAACAAACAUCGUGGGCUUGGACCCUUUGCAUCCGCCUGCUUGUGCAGAGCUUGUGCAAGUCGGUGUACCGUGCUCUGAAGAUGUCUUUGUUGAGAGAGCUAUUGCGGCAGGACACCCACGGUCCUUGGCAGUCCAUGUUGAGCCUUUCGUCACAGUUAGUGCACGUGCUAACUUUGAGGCUCCCCCGGCAGAACUUGCGGCCUUCAGGAUUGAUGCAAUGAAGUUUUGGAUUGGUCGUGCAGGUGCCCUCAGGGAAAAGGAGCAGGAACUUCACCGAAAUCUCCCUGAUCACCUGCGGCCCAUACUUAAAGGAAAGAAGCUCUUGCUUCUCCAAGAGAUGAUGAGGGCCGCAGGGUGUGAGGAUGUUGACCUUGUUUCUGAUAUAUGCAAAGGUUUCAAGUUGUCGGGCUGGCUUCCUGCGUCGGGUGAGUUUGUGCCGAGGUCCAGAAGGCCCAAAUUCAGUGUCGAGACGUUGGGAGUUUUGUCGAAGGGCUUGAACAAAGCAACCUUGCAAAAGCUGUCCAGGAGGCAGAAUUCCGAAAUUGAAGAAUCCACCUGGGUUGAAACCCAAAAGGAGAUUGACGCAGGUUGGGUGUGGCUUGAGGAAGGGCCGGUUCCUGAGAUGGUCUCGAUUGCUAUGCGCUUCGGAAUCAUGCAGAACAAAUUGAGGGUCAUCGAUGACCUUUCUUGUUGCGGCCUAAACGCGACAGUGGGCUUGCUGGAAAAGUUUUGCUUGCAUACGAUAGAUAAGCUUGCGGCCAUGAUGGCUCAUGCUUUUGAUGUCGUGUCCGGUGUUAUGCCUGAGUGCUGCGGCCGAACUUUCGACCUUACGGCAGCGUACAAGCAAUUUGGUGUGUGUGCUGCUGACCGUGAAAGGCUACGCAUUGCUGUCAACAGGCCAGGCCACCACAAGCCGAGCUUCCUGGGCGUAAACGCCCUCCCCUUCGGAGGGGUGGGGUCAGUCGCUGCUUUCCUAAGGAUAAGUGUCGCCUUGUGGAAGAUCGGAAUAGUCCUUUUCAGGCUAUUCUGGUCUGCCUUUUUCGAUGACUGCAGCAUAGUUUCUGCGAAGAGCCUGGAAUCGAACGCCCAGUGGACUGUGGAAACUUUGUUUGACCUGCUUGGUUUCCGCUUCGCCAAGGACGGGUCCAAAGCCGAACCCUUCGGAGUUACCUUCAACAUGCUCGGCCUCUCUGUUGAUCUGUCUUGUGUGAAGCAGCGGAUCCUUCGUGUGGGUCAUACUCAGAAGCGAAAGGAAGAGCUCACCGAGUACAUCCAAACCAUCCUUCAGGAAGGAAAGAUCGACUCGAAGGCUGCCGAACGCCUUAGGGGUCGUAUGGUUUUCUUCGAGGGUUUCACCUUUGGAAGGGUUUCUAAUCGGGCUCAGCGAGUUGUUGCAAAGUGCGUGGAAAAGUCUGCCCCUCAGAAUCUUACUGAAGAUUUGAUGUGGGCGUUGACGUGGCUUCGUGAAAGAAUAGCCAUGAGCCAGCCUUUAGUUGUCGAGCGAAACCUCAUCACAACGCUGAUCGUUUUCACUGACGGGGCUUGCAAUCCAGAGGAAGGCACGGGAGGUGUCGGAGGCGUCCUUGUGAAUGCCUCUGGUACUCCGUGCGAGUUCUUCGGUGAGGCAGUUCCAAGCGAUUUGAUGCAGCAGCUUUUGAGCAUCAGUGCGAAUCCCAUUUUCGAGCUUGAGUUGAUUCCAGCACUGAUCAGCCUUAUCAUUUGGGCCGAUCGCUUGAAAGGAGCUCAAGUAGUGUUCUAUCUUGACAAUGAUGGUGCUCGCCAUUCUCUGAUCCGAACCUUUGGCGGUAGCGCACUCGCCAACUCUGUGAUUGAAUCUUUCCUUCAGCUUGAAACCACGUUGCAGCUGAAGACGUGGUUCGCUCGCGUACCGACUGCUUGCAACAUAGCAGACAAUCCCUCACGGCUGGAAUUUGAGCCUCUUUUAAAAAGAGGUGCUGCAAGGCGUGCUAUUCCGUGGGACCAGGUCAUGCCGUAG